UCAAGGUGUGAUCAUCGGAGGGAGCGAAGUUUCUUGGAAGAAGUAUAAAGAUUUUAAGUGCUUUCAUCGAAUUAUCGUACGAGUUACGGUGUAUUUAAAACGAUUUAACGAUAUGGCGUCCUCGGAAUUACAAAAGCGUAAACUGGAAGAAUACGAAAUGCAGCUGUUUAACUUUCAUUCAAGAGCCGUGUAUGCUACUUUGGAAAACAUUAUAAGUGAAAGGAUUUACUGCACAAUUCAGAAGAUGUGUGAAACAAUUCAAAAGUCAUACCAACUAAAUUCUGAGAGUGUAGCAGUACUCAAGUCAAAUCAAAAGCAUUUAGAAAAAGCAUAUUGUAAAGGAGCCAUGCCACAUUUAGAAAAUAUCAAGAAUGUUGUAAAUAAAUAUGUUACUGUUCCAAGUAAUGUUUUGCUAGAAGAGGACAAACAUCAAAGAACACAAUAUAGUGAUACAGAAUUUCAGAAUAUAAAACAAAAUUUAGAAGAUUUGCAAGGAAGAGCGAAAAGAGCUACUGUUUUAAAUGCAAUAUUAAAGGAAGAAUUGCAAAUUUUAGAGCAGUUCCCAAUUGUUGAAGAUAAUGUAAAUGAAAUGUGCAAUAUAGUUAAAAAUGAUCUAAAAUAUCCUGAUAUAAAUGACAAAUUACAUCAAUUAGUGGAGAAUUAUAAAGAAUCUGCCAGCAGUCUGUUUGGUACAACAUCAAUAACAGACAAAACAAAAUACAAUACAGCAGAUAAUCUUAUGUGCAAAGACUUUGAUUUAAAUGAUUUAGAAAUUGAAGAAAAGGAACCAAGCAUUUUAUCUAAUUAA